ACAUCCAUUGUUAAUGCACUAACGUAACCCCUCUUUAUCUCUCUUUCUCUCAGAAAAGGCGCACCCAAAUCUGAAACCAGCAAACUAUGGAGCAAUCACUUGCAUAAUUAACUUCUCCUUUCUUCUUUCUGUAACCUGUGGAGCUUAAAGCCAGCUUAAAUGGGGUGUACGGCGUCGAAGCUCGACAACGAGGACACUGUCAGGCGAUGCAAGGAACGUCGUCGUUUAAUGAAGGAAGCCGUCUAUGCCCGCCACCAUCUCGCCGCUGCACAUGCCGACUACUGCCGCUCACUCCGCCUCACCGGCUCUGCUCUCUCCGUUUUCGCUUCCGGCGAACAACUCUCCGUCUCCGACCAGACCCCCUCCGUCUUCCUUCAUCCCCCACAACCUCUUCCCACCAAACCCAUCAAUCCUCCUCCUGCUCCGAGGCCCCCUUCACCUUCACCUUCUUCAGUCCACCCUCCUCCUCCUCCUUUUUCUCCUUCUCCCUCUCCCACCAUAGCUAGCUCCAAGCUUCCUCACAUCCUCUCUGCAUCCAGCCUCUCCGCCUCCUCUCGCCGCCGCAAGCCACAACCUAAGCUCCCUCACAUAUUAUCUGAAUCUAGCCCCUCUUGUUCCCCCAAGAGCGAGUCCAACUUCACUUCCAAUUACUACCCCACCGCUUACCAGAACUCUACUUAUUCCAGCACUCCUUCACAGGCUUCCUCUGUAUGGAACUGGGAGAAUUUCUACCCUCCUUCCCCACCCGAGUCCGAAUUCUUCAACCGAAAACCCCAACAUAAACCACCUAACGACCGCCAUCACCUCCUGGACUUCGUUAAUGACAUCGACGAUGAUGACACGGAGACUGAGAGAUCAGAAUACGAUUUCUUCAAGCCGCAGAGAGGGAAUAAUCUCCGUCGCAACGACAAUAGCAGCAACCAUCACAGUGCGGUCGAUGAGGAGACGGAGAGAGAGGAAGUGCAGUGUAGCGAGUGGGGGGACCACGAUCAUUACAGCACGACCACUUCAUCAGAUGAAGAAGAAGAUGAAGACAGAGAGUCCAGAUCCGAGAUCGAAACUCGCUCUGAAUUUGGAGCCUCCGUUCGGGCGGAAUCAGUAAAGCAACCGCAUCCGCAUCCGCAUCCGCAUCCGCAGCCGCAGCCGCAGCCGCAGCCGCAGCCGCAGCAAACGUACGGUGGCUUCAGACAAGAAAAAUCUGAGAAGUUCGACGAUGCGACGACGUCAUCUAGGAGCUUCAGGACAGGAGGGGAAAUCUCGGAUAUGAAAAUGGUGGUGAGGCACAAAGAUUUGAAGGAGAUUGUGGAUGCCAUCAAGGAGAAUUUCGAGAAGGCCGCUGCAGCUGGGGAUCAGGUGUCCGAGAUGCUUGAGAUCGGCAGGGCCCAACUUGAUCGUAGUUUCAGGCAGUUGAAGAAGACGGUGUAUCAUUCGAGUAGUGUGCUGAGCAACCUGAGCUCUAGCUGGACCUCGAAGCCGCCAUUGGCGGUGAAAUACCGGCUGGACGCUAAUGCACUUGACGAACCGGGCGGUCCAAAGAGCCUGUGUUCCACUUUGGACCGGCUCUUGGCUUGGGAGAAAAAGCUUUAUGAAGAAGUCAAGGCUAGGGAAGGUGUGAAGAUUGCACAUGAAAAGAAGUUGUCAGCACUGCAGAGCCAGGAAUACAAAGGGGAUGAUGAAACCAAGCUGGACAGGACCAAGGCUUCAAUAAAAAGGUUGCAGUCAUUAAUUAUUGUCACAUCAGCAGUUGCUACAACAUCUACUGCCAUUAUCGGGCUUAGAGAUACUGAUCUUGUUCCCCAGCUUGUUGAACUCUGUCAUGGCUUCAUGUACAUGUGGAGAUCCAUGCAUCAAUACCAUGAAAUUCAGAAUCACAUUGUGCAGCAAGUCCGGGGGCUUGUGAAUAGAUCAGGCAGGGGUGAUUCAACUUCUGAACUGCAUCGGCAGGCAACACGUGACCUUGAGUCAGCUGUCUCUGCAUGGCACUCUAGUUUCUGCCGCUUAAUAAAAUUCCAACGGGACUUCAUUCGUUCUCUUCAUGGCUGGUUCAGGCUUACCCUUCUUCCUGUCAGCAAUGACAACAUUAAUGGCGAAAGGGAACCAUCUGAUAUAUAUGCCUUUUGUGAUGAGUGGAAGCUUGCCCUUGACAGGGUCCCUGAUACUGUUGCUUCUGAAGCUAUCAAGAGCUUUAUCAAUGUGAUCCAUGUGAUAACUGUUAAACAAACUGAAGAGCUGAAGAUCAAAAAGCGGACUGAAACUGCAUCAAAGGAACUUGAAAGAAAGGCUUCAUCACUUAGGAACAUAGAGAGGAAGUACUACCACUCAUACUCCAUGGUUGGUAUUGGUCUUCCUGAUGCUGGGCCAGAUAAUGGACAAGUUUUGGAUGCUCGGGACCCACUAUCCGAGAAAAAAUCAGAGCUUGCAGCCUGUCAAAGGCGAGUAGAGGAUGAGAUGCUGAGGCAUUCCAAGGCAGUAGAGGUGACACGAGCAAUGACUCUAAAUAACCUGCAGACGGGCUUGCCUGGGGUUUUUCAGGCAUUGACCAGCUUCUCUGCCUUGUUUAUGGAGGCACUUGAAACGGUAUGUACCCGAUCUUAUGCUAUCAAAUAGAAAGGAAAUACCACGGUAGUAACAAUUUUGUGGUUAAGUUAAAAACGUAACAGGGCUGGGGACUUUUUUUUGGUUGUGAGCUCUCUUAAUUAUAGAGUAGUAUCAUUUUUGGAACAUGUAAAUAUAUGGAUCCCUUUUUGUUUCUUGUGGUUCCACCAUCCCUUUUAUGAAUCAAGCGGAGGGAAAUGUGUCUGUAUAGGAAAUUGCUUGGAUUGUUUGUAUCACAGGUUAGCAAUUUCAGCAAAGUGAAUAAAGAUACACCUACUGCAAUUUCUUUUUCCUCA